UUUAUCUGGCCUUCCAAUGAUUUCUUCCUUCCUUCUCCCCUAGUCAAUUCAUGCUGUCAGUGGAGCGGUUUUGGUCUUUUGAUCGAUCUCUCUGAUAGCUAGGAUGAAUUUCUUUUUCUCCUAGUCCUUCCCCAGUCAAUGAACGAUGGGUCAGCUAAUUUCCGUCGAUCGUUUCAGUUAUAGAGCUAGGUUACUGAAUUAGGGGUUUCGUGCGUGUUGUGAUAUCGAGCUGAUUGAACAUAUUUCAGGCCCUGGCUCUGGAAAGCUACUUAGACUCCAGCCACCAGGGAGGAGUGCCUUCCAUGGCACCCUCUCGUGUGGUUGGAGGGUUAGCCCAAUCUUCCUCAAGUUCUGGAAUUUUCUUUCAGGGGGAUGGGCACUCCCAGGCUGUACAUAACUCUCACUUAGCCUCAUCAUUUGGGAACUCAUCCAGUUCGAUUCCUGGGACUGGGCGUCCCAACCUGGGUCCAGUUUCUGGGGAUAUGAAUAAUGCUGUUUUAAACAGUGUCGCAAAUUCUGGGCCAAGUGUUGGGGCAAGUUCAUUGGUGACUGAUGCGAAUUCGGCAUUCUCUGGAGGAGGCCCUCGUUUGCAGAGAAGUGCCAGCAUUAACACAGAGUCGUACAUGCGCUUGCCAGCUUCACCUAUGUCAUUUUCUUCCAAUAACGUAAGCAUCUCUGGCUCUUCAGUUGUCGAUGGUUCUUCGGUGGUGCAGCAAGGAAAUCACCAAGAAUCUAGUGCACCACAGCACCAGCAAAGUCAGCAGCAGCAACAACAUGGGGCUUCAAGUGCUACAUCUUUACCCUCAUCACAAAAUGGGCAAAUGUCACUUCCCAUGGAUGGACGAGUUCCUGGAUCUUAUUUUCAGGACCCUAAUUUAUCACAGGUACAAAAGAAGCCCCGGUUAGAUAUCAAGCAGGAAGAUAUUCUGCAGCAGCAAGUGUUGCAGCAGAUGUUGCAGAGGCAGGACCCCAUUCAGAUGCAGGCGCGUAACCCACAACUACAAUCACUGCUUCAGCAGCAGAGACUGAGGCAGCAACAGCAGAUUCUCCAAUUUAUGCCACCGAUGCAGAGAGCCCAAUUUCAGCAACAGCAGCAGCUGCAGUUGAGGCAGCAGCAAAUGCAGCAACAACAACACCAACAACAGGCCAUGCAGCCGACAUCUGUUCCCGUUAAGCGUCCCUACGAUGGGGGUGUAUGUGCUCGACGGAUGAUGCAGUAUCUGUAUCAUCAGCGACAGAGGCCAGCUGAGAAUACUAUUGCAUAUUGGAGAAAAUUUGUAGCAGAGUACUAUUCCCCUCGGGCAAAGAAAAGGUGGUGCUUGUCAUUAUAUGAUAAUGUUGGGCAUCAUGCACUAGGGGUAUUUCCCCAAGCAGCAAUGGAGGCAUGGCAGUGUGACAUCUGUGGUUCGAAGUCCGGAAGAGGAUUUGAGGCAACUUUUGAAGUGCUACCUCGACUUAAUGAAAUAAAGUUUGGUAGUGGCGUCAUCGACGAGCUUUUGUUUUUGGACCUGCCUCGUGAAUGUAGAUUUUCUUCUGGAAUAAUGAUGCUGGAGUAUGGUAAAGCAGUCCAGGAGAGUGUAUAUGAGCAACUUCGUGUUGUUCGUGAGGGCCAGCUUCGUGUUAUAUUCACCCACGAUUUGAAGAUAUUGUCCUGGGAAUUUUGUGCACGGCGCCAUGAAGAACUGCUUCCUCGUAGGGUGGUAGCUCCUCAGGUAAAUCAGCUGGUACAGGUUGCACAGAAGUGUCAGAGCACAAUUUCUGAAAGUGGAGCUGAUGGUGUUUCACAGCAGGAUCUCCAAGCAAGUAGCAAUAUGGUCCUGACAGCUGGGCGCCAGCUUGCUAAGAGUUUGGAGUUACAGUCUCUGAAUGAUUUGGGGUUCUCCAAAAGAUAUGUUAGAUGUUUGCAGAUCUCCGAGGUUGUCAAUAGCAUGAAGGAUUUGAUUGAUUUCUGUCGGGAACAAAAGGCUGGGCCAAUUGAGAGCCUAAAAGUUUACCCUCGGCAUAAUAACUCUGCAGCCAAGCUCCAGAUGCAAAAGAUGCAAGAAAUGGAGCAGCUGGCAAGCUCUCAGGGUGUACCUACUGACCGGAACACCCUCAAUAAGCUGAUGGCUUUGCAGCCCUCUGCCGGAAUAAAUACUGCCAUGAACGUCAACAACAACAAUAAUCACCACUUCGGUAAUCGAGGAGCAGUAGGUUUAAGUGGUUCGGCCCAGGCUGCAUUGGCCCUUUCCAACUACCAAAAUCUUCUCACGAGGCAAAACUCCAUGAAUUCAAACUCCAGCUCGCUUCAACACGAACCUCCUUCAUCUUCCUUCAACAAUAAUUCUGCCCCAAGUCCAUCUUCCAACUUCCAAGGACCUGCUGGUUUCCCUCCCGGAGGACCCAUGCAAAACUUACACCAACAACAACAGCAGCAACAUCAGCGUUCAUCGAGUUCCAAUAAUUUGUUUCAACAAAACCAUCAUCAACAAAGCUCUCAAGGCAGCAAUCAGGCAUUGGAACAGCAGAUGAUACAGCAACUGCUGCAGGAGAUGUCAAAUAACAGUAGCGGGGGAGGAGGAGCUCAGCUGCAGCGUUCUGUUUCUGCACAGAAUGGGAAUGGUGGUUCUGCAGGAAGGAACAGUGUGGGCCCUGCCAUCUCUGGAGGUAGACCUGCAGCAAGUCGGAGCAACAGUUUCAAAGCUGCUGCUGCUUCACCCAGUGAUUCGUCAGCUGGUGGUGGUGGCGGCAGUGGCAGUGGUUAUAAUAAUAACAAUCAAAAGGUUGGGGACAUGCCUAAUCAGAAUUUGCAGCAGCUGCAGAAUGACAUGCAAGAUAUCGCUGCUGAGUUUUCAGAUAGUGGGUUUUUUAACAGUGACCUUGGCGAUACUAUGGGCUAUGACUGGAAAGCAUAAUAAACAACUUCUGGUUUUGGCUCUUAGCUUAGUUGUUUGGUUUUAUUGAAUGAGUUUUUUGGCCAUCUCGUUUGUACAGAAUUAUACUCUCCCCUCCCAGAACCGUUUAUUGCGAAUCGUAAGGGAACAAAACUUAUUGUGCUUAAAUAGGUAAUAGCUGCCAUUAUUCCUCUCCGUGUUUCUGGUCAUGCAAUUUGUAAUGUACUAUGAUGAUAACUAGUAAGCUAAUAUGAUAUACAUUUUCAUUAUCAAUGGUAAUCGAUGAUAACGAAUGCCCCCAUAGUAACCGAAGCCAUAGCAUGGAGAUGGCUUCAAGUUGUUCAUGACCGAUGAUCGGCAAUUAGUCGCUCUUAUGACAAUCUUCACACUCAGGAGCUAGCCUGGUGGGAGGCAUCCCCUUGAUCCCUUGAUUCUCUCCCCAAAAGUCUGACAACAAAACUGCGCAAAAGAGAAGCUGCAAUUCUUCUCCCUCGUAGGGAUGCACUGGCCGAUUCACUAGAUUCUGUUUCGGGAGUGUACUCUAAGGAGCACUCUCCAGUGGAGUCAGUUAGCUCGACGUCAAAUGGUUUCAUGAGCUGCUGUCCAGCUGCUUGAACAUGAGAGAGACUGCAACCACCGCUUGAAAAGUGCAUGUGUCAGUGUAGUGAAGCCAAUAGAAUGAAGUUCUUCACAGGUUUAUAGCCUGUGGAGAAACUGGAGUAGCCGUGCUGGGAAAAAGAGAAAAGAGAGCGUAUAAAGGGGAACGAGAGAGCACCAGAUGUAAUGUAAACCAUCUAUCUCUUGUCUCUGAGCUCUGCCAAGUAGCUCAACUUGCAGAAUCCCUCCUAUGCAAAGUACCGGUUCUGGCAGCUUGAAUUUUUGCAGUUGGCUUUCCUGCAGCCAUGGGAAAUUCAGGGGAGGUGUAAGACCAGACAAAAUGGUCAUCUCUUGGUCUAUGGCCAUAUGUAACAAUCGCUAUAUCAUCCUCCAACUCCAUUGGGAACUUUGAAUGACCGAGUCUAAACCGAACGCUUUUUGAUGAGUAUAUAGGGAACCCAUACUGGAAGUACGCUUGAAAAGGCUGAACAUGGAUUUCAGUGACUAGACAUAACUUGGAUGCCAACUUGUAAACUAAUCUCUCAGGAACGUCUGGAUUGGCUUGCCCUUUACUAGACCAGUAGGAUGCUCGAUCCUCAACUCUAUCGCCUGCCUCCAAGGUAUUCUGAAUCGUCUCUUCUGGGUAAUUAUCUGUGCUGGAUGCACAGAUGGCCUCCGAGAUGCAGUCUUUCGUCACAACUGGAGAAAGGCCACGUGCCAGAAACGCGUAGACUCUAUGGUUCCUCUUGAGCCACUCCCAGCUCCUUCUACAGUCACUAGUCCGACCUACCGGUUCAAUCAGAUUAUCCACUUCAAUGAGAUCAACGUUACUACACAUUCCAGGAAACUUCCUCAAGCAGAGCUGUUUGCAGAUGCCAUGUUAAAGCAUACCAAACCGGCGCCAAGAACUUGAAACGGCACAAAGACGAACGAGAUCAGAAGGGUCAUCCAAAUGCAUCAGAACCUGAAUAAACAUGUCAACUCCAAGCCAUUGCAUCAGGUCACCGCACUUUUCCCUUGUCUGGGCCAUUGUAUAAACACGGAUCAAACAAACCGACUGCAGGCAAACGUACCUUUCUCUGGGAUUCGACGGCGGCGAGCGGUAGCGCGAAAAAGCUCCAACCUUUACGAUCUAAUAAUCCCUCUCAGGAUGAGGGGCGCAUAAUGGGGACACGAAAUCGGAGAAGAGGGCAAAAGCUGAGCUGUGAAUUUCGAGAGGGAUCGAAACAGAGACAAAAAAAAAAAACGUCGACGCCACCACCGAAUGGGACGGCUCAGCAGCCGGCGAGAGUGGAUUUCUUGAACUGAGCUA